GUCUGUGAGAGGGAGGGAGGGAGGGCAAUCUCGAAUCGUGUUUCGUAUCGUGCCUAGCUAUCAUUUGCCUGCCUCGCCUCCCUACGUAGGUAGCUGCUGAGUCCGGCCAGAUCCGGCCGCGAGAUCCAGUCUAUAUCGACGCCUACGUUGACGUCUAUCUCUGUUUGCAUAUAUCUAAGUAGAUGUGGAUGUAUAAGGGGGGCGAGGUAGGCCGGGGCGGGGGGGAGGCCAGGGACCCAGAUGUGGUGGGAUUGGUGGUGUAGGUCUACAUAGGUAUAUACCUAUAUGCCUAUACCUGGCAUAUAUUAGUAGAUAUAUAUGGGAUUAUGGAUGGUACCUGUUAUUAAUAGCCCGCAUGAGAAACGCCCUGUCGGUCCUUGACUUGGACGUGUUGUGAGAUAUAUAUGAGCCUCGGGCGCCGCGACCUGCCUGUAAACCUAUGUAGGUAUUACCUAUAAUAUAGUGCAGGCCUACACAUUCUGGGCUAUACGCACACACAUACUACCUACGUAUAGGGCGCCGCCGCCGUCGCAGCCGCCGCCGCAGCAGCAGCUGAAAACCGCGGAUCAUUUCUCAUUUCAAUCGAGCAUGAAUGAAAUAUCCGGUCUUGUUUUCUCCUUUCUUUUUUUUCUGCUUCGUCGGUCUCUUAUUCCCGAUGCCCCCCUUCUUCUCCCAUCCCCUAGGUAAUCUUAUCCCUCACCUGCAGGAUUCUCGAGCCCUGCUUGGCCCACCACGCCUAAUGCUUGAUUAUCACCCGGCGCCCCAUGGCUUCGACCGCCCACGGACUUCCUACGGCGGUGUGAGGGAGGCCGAGACUCGCGUUCUCGUUCCCCAGUCCUGUAGGUCGGCUUGCUGCCGGGUAGGCAGACGCCCAACGUAGGCGGAGGGAGGUGGGGGGCCGGGGUCGAAUGGGAAAAAGGGGGGGGGGGGAAGAAACCGAAAAAAGACUCGACGGGCUUUUUCUUCUUCCCGCUGGCUUGGGCCGUUCUGUGAAGGGCGAGGGUCGUGCAAAUGGCGUCGCGAGCUUUCAGACGCGGCCUGGUUGGUGGACCGGUUGGGAUCUGAAUGUCACUCGGCGCAUGUUCCUAUAUAAUUCGUAUGCAUGUCUAUAUAUCAUCUACUUACGUCUCUCUACCUGCCUGCCUGCCUGCCUGCCUACAUAUAUACCUAUAUCUACCCACCUACCUACAUUGCAU